UCCGAUAACUCGUUCCUCUGUUGUUUGUUUAUGUUGUUCGUAGUUGUUAAUUGUUUUUUAUAAGAAAAAAUUAUUAAGUAUUAACUUUAAUACAAAAUAUUUAUUAACAAUGACUGCUUCUUCUGUUAAUAAGUUUGAAGAAGGUGAAAGAGUCUUGUGUUUUCACGGGCCAUUAAUUUAUGAAGCAAAGUGUUUAAAAGUUGACAUAACAAAAGAAAAUCAAGUUAAAUAUCUUAUUCAUUACGCUGGAUGGAACAAAAACUGGGAUGAAUGGGUUCCAGAAAGUAGAGUUUUAAAAUAUAAUGAUUCUAAUUGUCAACGCCAAAAAGAUGUUCAAAGAGCCCAUGCUGCCCAACAAAGUGCCCAAAAAGGAAAAAAGUCCAAUGUUCUUUCAAAAGUUAGUUUAAAGAAUCGAGAUGGUGGAAAAGAUAAAGAUUCUGAAAGUCGAACGAGUACUCCUACGCAAUUAAAUGAUCGUGCAAACAAUAGGUAUCAAAAGAACAGUGGAUCUAUUACUCCUACUUCUAAUGAUUCUUCGUCAGAUGGUGUUAGGAGAAAAAGAAGUCGUAUUGACCCAACUGUUGAAACAGAAGAACAGUUUUUAUCAAAAGUUGAGAUUAAAGUUAAAAUUCCAGAUGAAUUAAAACCAUGGCUUGUAGAUGAUUGGGAUGCUAUUAGUAGACAAAGAAAAUUAGUUAUUUUGCCUGCUAGACAUAAUGUUGAUAAGAUUUUAGAUGAUUAUACGAAAUUUAAAAUCUCUAGUAAAACAAAUAAUCCAAAUAAAGAAGUUGCUGUUUUAGAAGUUAUAAGAGGUCUGCGUGAAUAUUUUAAUGUUAUGCUUGGAACACAAUUAUUAUAUAGAUGGGAAAGGCAACAGUAUGGAGAUAUCAUGAUUGAGAAACCUAAUACUUCUGCUAGCCAAAUUUAUGGGGCCUUCCAUUUGUUAAGAUUAUUUGUAAAACUUGGCAGUAUGCUAUCCUACACUCCACUGGAUGAAAAAAGUAUCCAAUUAUUACUCGCACAUAUUCACGAUUUUUUAAGGUUUUUACAUAAGAAUAGUAGUGAUUAUUUUAGUCUCCAAGAUUUUGCCACUGCUCCACCAGAAUAUCACCGAAAAUGCACUUGAAUUUAUAUAAUUAGGUUUUAUUAUGAACAAUUGACAUUUUUAUACGUUUAAACUUAAUUGUAAAUAAGUUAUUAAAUAUUUGACAAUACAUCGAGCUGUUUUUUGA